UUAGUCCCAAUUGGGACUGUCUCAUCCACUGAAGGAGAUGGUCCUGGAUGGUUCCCAUAGAAACCUCAAGGAAGCAGCUGUGUGCUGAUUGUAAACUCAGGUGUGAUAGUUAACCAGAUAUAAGUUUGUAAAAUCAGGCUCAUUCAUACUUUCCGUGUCCGCUUUGGUCCAUGUGGCAUAAAUGUUGUUAACCCCCCGUGUCCACGUGGCUCUGCAGCCCCAGGGUGGACGGUACACACAGCAACCGCAUGAAACUGUGCACGCAUCAGAUAUCAGAAUGGAUGAUUAGGGCAUCGAUGUUCUGUAUCUACCGUCUGUUGGGAAUAGUGUUUGGCACUGUCUAAAGAUUCAGGUCUCUAACUGACUCAAUAUUUGAUUUGGCCUGCUCAAGGCAUCUGACACAAUUGUCAGAGCCUUUUUCACAGCAGCCAUUUGACAUGAACUAGUGGGUUGCUAACACAGUUGUUAGCAAUCAUCCUAAUUAAGGCUCUGUUAUAUGCAGGUGCUGCUAUUGUGCAUGUUGGCUCACAACAACGUUUUUUUUGCAUAAAAUGCAACAUUUUGGGUUUAUUUUUUGUCAUUUUGUAAUGUAAACGUUUCCAAUCGUUUUUGUGGAUCGAUUGGCAUGAGGAUCAUUUUCACAUUGUAUAGACUGCAGUAUAGGACAUAAAGUCCCCUGCCUUCAUGUUAACAGAUGGGAAAUAGGCCAAACUUAAAAAUCAAAUUACAUGUCAAAUACAUUUUUCCUAAACAUUCUUUCUAGCAUGUAUGUUCAAACUGUUCGUUUUUAAUUGAGCUGUAAGAAGUGGGUUUUUACUUCAUGAUUGCCGAGCAUAUGGGUGAGACUUCAGUACUCUGGCACGUAUGCAAAAGAUGGCAACGGCUGUAUCCGGGAUAUUCGCUUCAUUUCCAAACGUACAAACGCAGAACCUUUUUAAACCCAAAGGAAUGUCAUGUAAACAGAGCCUAAAUGGAACAGAACCUUAAUUAGUAUCAUUAAUAACACCUUUAUAUACAUACUAUUUCAUGUCAAAAUGAUCGCUUUGAAAAAGGUCUGCUUAAUGCCACUGGAUGGGAAAGGAUUGGGAAGGACUGGAUGGCAGAGGGUUAACUGAAGAUUCUACUUUUGAAACUUGUGAUGUUUCUGUAGAUUUUUGUCCAAAAUACUGAACCAAAAGAGUCGUUAAUGAGUCGGUUCACUGGUGGCAGGUGAAUUAAACAAGAGGGGUUACUUUAAAGAAUAGUACUUCCAGCCUUGGAAUUCUAUUUCUGCCCAUUUCUGGAAUAUUGUCUGUUGUCCUGGGGCGUUGCUGAAGUGCUGUGCUGUGGCGUUUUUAGAGGAUGUCCUUCUCACUUUGUUCUUCUUUGUCUGUCUGUCACUUCCACACUUCCACACACACAAACGUAGUCUGCUGAUUGUCCACAUCGGCCUCGGUUUCUCUUGUGUCCCUUGGGAGAAGAGACAGCACAAAGUAGUGUAUAGUCUUGAUCCUAUAUCUGCUGUAUUCAGAAGGCGUAGUGGGUCAGUGUUGGCGAAUGAUAUAGAGAAGGACGAAAAUGUUAUUAGGUAGCAGGCUAUCAAUCAGGCAAGUAAUCAGUCUCAGUUUGGAAUAGGCGAGAAGUCAGACAUGUGAUGUGUCUAACACAGACCAGGGGCAUUUUCUGACACUCACUGCCAGUCAUUAUGAAGCAGCCAGCCUAUUUUUCACCACUAGAUUGGAUAGCAUUGCACUGCAUUUAUGUAACUAAACAAUGUGUGUGUGUGUGUGUGUGUGUGUGUGUGUGUUUGUCUUUAUCACAUGGUGGAGCCCGCGGUCAGACAGCACAGUCACAGUGUGGGGUCCAAAAUUUUCGUGGGGACCCAAACCCUGGACCCCACGAAAAUUACUUCAAAUUCUGUGAAAAGAGGGUCAAAAUAAUGCCCUGUGAAAUUUUCAGAGUUUUUCCCACAAUGCACUUUUACCAACUUAGUGUGCUAAAGUGUGCUAAGGCGAUCUCACUCAGUACCGGCCCCUGAUGGCAGAGGGUGGUACUACCUCUACACACACUUUACACACACUUGGCUUAAAUGCGCAUGUGCAAGCAGCUGACUUCCACGGAGGCUAACUCUUUGAUUAGCUAGCUGUUAAUAUAAAGGUAAUUUAAAGGUAAUUGAAUUAAUUAACUGUAAAGACGGGCUCAAUACUAUCAGCAAUGAAUAAUUGUUGAACAUAUAUAUAUAUAUUAAAUGCUCUAUGUCCAUAAUAUUCACACACAAGAUCCUAAACUUUUGAAGGGUUGCCAGUAAAUACAUUACUUAGCAAUAUUUUAUGUUUGUAUGUGUAGCACGGAGAUGCUAAUGCUAAGCUAAAAAUAUAGCCAUGCUUAUGCUAACCUCACUGAUUAGCUGCUAUGAUAAACUAAGACAAGAUAAACUAGUGAUCACACAUAUUAAAAAUGAAACUGAGUUAAAAGUUAUCUUGUUAACUUAUAUCAAUAAAUAAAAACUGAUCAUCUAUUUCUGAAUAAAUAGCCUCGUUUGUAUUAAAAGACAGCUUGGGUUCACUUGAUACAUGUACAGUGACAUGCCUGGUGGGUGGACAUUGGAGUCAUAGGGAAUGAUAGCAUGACCACCCUUACAGGACGUGCUCACUACGCAAAACAAGCGCUCCCUUACUCAACACACGACGGAGCUACGGAGAGAGGAGCACUGGACUUCGGUGUUGUUUGAUGUCUGCACAUGGAAAUGAGAGCGUUAAUAAAUCGGUAAGUUAUGCCUACAUUUAUCAAGAUUUCUUUUUGAGCAGAUUUUUAAAUGGUUUAAGUGUUUUUUAAACACGCUAAAUGUUAACAUGUGGUCAAAAUCAGAGAAACGUUUUUUUAAUUGAUAAAAAGGACACAUUCACCUGAACAUGAACCAGGUAACUUUGUUAAAUUUAACAUGAAAUCAAAUGUGAAUUAUUACAAUGCUUUUGCACAUUAUAAAGUUUUAAAGCAACAGGCUUUGUGUAUUGCUUCUCUUACUGCCGUGGGAUGUUAUGCUUGGUUGCUAACUAAGCUAGCGUUAGCUAAUUGGCUCUGGUAGCUGUAGCAGCAACGUGCCCAGACGUGCCCCACCUGAGUUUGAUCAUUAAUUGAAUCAAUAAACCACAUUACAGUGUGAUGAAUGUGACACAAGACAACAAUUAUUUAUCUAAACUCCAGUUUCAAGUUUAACGUGCCAACUAUCCUCAGUAAAAAAGCCCAGCAUUUUGUUGAGUUAAGUUCAAGGUGAAAGUCUGAUUCUGACACAGAAGGACAUUUAAUGACACAUGGCAAUUUAACUUCAUGUUAAAUAGUUAUUUCUCUGAUGGAUCUGUGAAUAUUUCUUGGGCUGAAACUGAGAUAAGACACUUAUUAUUGCUGAAAUGUACUCUCAAUGUUUUGAUGUAGUUGCCUACCAUAUAAAUAUUUUUAAUACAGUGUAUGCUUUAGUGGAGUAUCUGGUUACAUUAAAAUGUCACUAUAUGUAAUUAUAGGAUCAUCAAUGGCUGCAGUGAGACGCAGGAAAUCUCCCAAAACGGAUGCAGUAGAACAUGCUGCCAAGGCCCUGGACAAGACAGCAGAGUUGGAAGUGAAAUACAUAAACUCUUUCAAAGGGUGAGAACCAGUGUGGUAUCUGUAUUUGUGCACUAGGUCGAGGGGUGUUUGCCAAGGCACAUUUCCAUAAAGGAGACUUUGUGGUGGAGUACAGAGGAGAACUGAUAAAUUCUGAAGAAUCUCAACGGAGGAGGAGGACAUAUCAUGUUAAAUGUACAGUCUUCAUGUUUGACUUCCACUGGCAAGAAAGAACAUGGUGUAUUGAUGCAGCUCGAGAAGAUGGCAGUCUGGGAAGACUUGUCAAUGAUGACAACAACCAUCCAAACUGCAAGAUGAAGAAGGUCAUAUCAGAAGGCAAACCACACCUGUGUCUCUUUGCUCUGCGGGACAUUAAUGUUGGAGAAGAAAUAACCUAUGACUAUGGAGGAACUGACUGGCCUUGGAGGAAAAAGGUUGGAGGACCAUUGACUGUUACUGGGUCUUCUGAUGCUGACAUCUCCAGCACCAAAGACCAGGAUCCUGACAGAUCUUCUUGCUCCCAGAAACAGGUUGGAGGACCAUCGACUGUCACUAGGUCUAAGAUCUCCAGAACCAAAGACCAGGAUCCUGACAGAUCUUCUUGCUCCCAGAAACAGGUUGGAGGACCAUCGACUGUCACUAGGUCUAAGAUCUCCAGAACCAAAGACCAGGAUCCUGACAGAUCUUCUUGCUCCCAGAAACAGGUUGGAGGACCAUCGACUGUCACUAGGUCUAAGAUCUCCAGAACCAAAGACCAGGAUCCUGACAGAUCUUCUUGCUCCCAGAAACAGGUUGGAGGACCAUCGACUGUCACUAGGUCUAAGAUCUCCAGAACCAAAGACCAGGAUCCUGACAGAUCUUCUUGCUCCCAGAAACAGGUUGGAGGACCAUCGACUGUCACUAGGUCUAAGAUCUCCAGAACCAAAGACCAGGAUCCUGACAGAUCUUCUUGCUCCCAGAAACAGGUUGGAGGACCAUCAACUGUCACUGAGUCUUCUGAUGCUGACAUCUCCAGCACCAAAGACCAGGAUCCUGACAGAUCUUCUUGCUCCCAGAAACAGGUUGGAGGACCAUCGACUGUCACUAGGUCUAAGAUCUCCAGAACCAAAGACCAGGAUCCUGACAGAUCUUCUUGCUCCCAGAAACAGGUUGGAGGACCAUCGACUGUCACUAGGUCUAAGAUCUCCAGAACCAAAGACCAGGAUCCUGUCAGAUCUUCUUGCUCCCAGAAACAGGGCUCAGAUGAACUAGGACUCCAUCUUCCAAAGAAAAAUGUUGGAAUGAAUCAGUCUGUUGUAAACUACAUGGAUUCUGAUGAAUCUCAGUGUUCAUCUACAUGUCCUGCCAAUUUUGAUAAGACAUCUGAGACUGAACUCAGCCUGUCUGAACAGGACCAAGAGUGUGUCCCACUGCUGAGGAGGACCAAAAGCAUACAGGUGAAUAAUCAGAUUCAUUCUGAUUCAGAUGAGCUUGUCGACCCCUCCUCAGCUGAUAGUGGAGAGGAAUAUAUCCCUAAAACUAGUGAGGAUUAUUCUGAUGGUACAGACACAAGUGAGGUUCUAGAGCCAGUUGACCAGAGAGAGAGCAUGCUCAGGUCUUUAAACUGUGUCUCAUUAGCAGAACUGAACAAUGGUUCUUCAAUGAAUGUGGUUGACAGAGGACGCUCACCCUCAAGAAAAGGAAGCAAGUCAGGAAUGGCACAUAAAAGACCAUAUUUAAGCAGUGUACCCUGUCCUAAAACACAAACCACUAGUGGUCAGUCACCAGAACAAAGUGGAAGGGGAGACACUGGAACCCCGUUAGAAAACUCAACACUGGAUCUUGAGAAAAAUCUUCUGGACAGUAACUCUCAUCCACUUGAUAGUGUGGCUGGUGGUUCACUUUCCAUACCUGCUGUCUCUAAAAAGGAGAAUGGAUCAAGAAUAUACAACAAAAAACAAUACUGUUUGUAUUGUAAGUUGGGAGUUGUAAAAAUGGCAAGGCAUUUGGAACGUGCUCAUCAGAAUAAACCAGAGGUUGCACAGGCUGUGUCCUUCCCAAAAGGCUCCAAAGAGAGACGCAUGCAUCUGGAACAUUUGAGGAAUAGGGGCAACUUUGCACACAAUAUUGAUGUGUUAAAUUCUGGUGUUGGAAAUCUUGUUCCUCGCAAGCAACCAAAACAAGAUUGUCAAGCAAAAAACUUCCUGCAUUGCAUAUAUUGUCAUGGCUUUUUCACAAAGAAAGUUCUUUGGCGGCACAUGACGAUCUGCAAGUUCAAACCUGGUGUUUCACAAAAACCUGGCAAAACACGUGUUCAGGCCCUCUGUGCAUUUGCUGCACCUCCACCCCCUGGUGUCAAAGUAGAAUUUUGGAAGCUUUUAAGCAACAUGAUUCAAGAUGAAGUUUAUUCUGCAGUCAAAUCUGAUGUCUGUAUCAUGGAGUUUGGUGAGCAUCUAUACAACCGGCUUGGACAUGAUGUUGGCAAACACGAAUACAUUCUGCAAAAGUUGAGAGAGCUGGGAAGGCUUCUGGUAUGCUCUAGGAAAACCACUCCCUUGAAGACCAUUCAAGACCACGUCAGACCUGUAAAUUUCAUGCAUGUUGUGGAAGCAGUGAAACGUGUAGCUGGCUAUGACAGUGAAACCAAUGCAUACAAGCGCCCAAGUCUUGCUCUCAAAAUUGGACACAGCUUGACAAAGAUUUCGAUGCUUGUUGAAAGCCGUGCAAAUGUACAGACUGACUACAGUGCAGCAAAAGAUGCUCGUACAUUCCGCAGAGUAUAUGAAACCAGGUGGAAUGAACUAAUAUCAGCUGCGUCACUGAGAACACUUCAGGAAUCUAAGUGGAAUGCCCCCCUGUUGCUACCAUUCACAAAAGAUGUCCAGACUCUCCAUUCUUAUUUAGAUAUGCAACAACGACAUAGUUACAGCAAGCUGUCCACAGAGACAUCCCCCCCAGGCAUGGACACAGCUGGCAAAGGUUACUUUGACAGAAGUCAUCUUGUUCAACCGACGGCGAGCAGGAGAGGUGUCAAAAAUGCCCCUCUCUGCAUAUUUGUCUCAAAAUCCAACAGACCCUGAGGAAGAUGUGAACAUAGCCCUCUCAGAUCUGGAAAAGAAACUCUGUCAGCACUUCAGGAGGAUAGAGAUAAGAGGAAAAAGGGGGAGAAAAGUUCCUGUGCUUUUGACCCCAGCAAUGCAACAAGCAUUGGAUCUGCUUGUCAGCAAACGGGAGGAAUGUGGGGUUCUUCGGGAGAACAUCUACUUAUUUGCAAGACCAUCUGCUUUUACCUGCUACCGUGGGUCUGAUUGUCUUCGACACUUCUCCAAAGUUUGCGGUGCAAAGAGUCCUGAAAGUCUCACUUCUACAAAACUGCGCAAACAAACUGCAACUCUGUCUCAAGUUCUCAACCUCAGUAACACAGAGCUGGAUCAGUUAGCUGAUUUCCUUGGCCAUGACAUAAGGGUGCAUCGACAGUUCUACAGACUUCCUGAGGGCACACUCCAACUUGCUAAAAUUAGCAAAGUUCUCAUGGCUCUGGAGCAGGGACGCCUAGCACAAUUCAAGGGCAAGAGCCUGGAUGACAUCAGCAUUGAUCCCGAUGAAAAUGUGCACAUGGACAGUGACACUGAGGUGGCAUGUGACUCAGACUCACAAGAGACUCAGGAGACAUUUAGUCAGAGGGAAGAGGACGAGACCACAUCGCCAGAUGUGAGCCAUAGCGAUGCAAGAUCAUGGCAGCGCCCAAUGACACCUCCACAAGCCUGUCACCAACAAUCAACAAAAAGGAAAAUGGGUAAAGUUUUAACGAGACCAGCCCGUAUUCACACAAGUUGGAGUAGCUUAAAAUUGGUCGCCAGCCUUCCAAGAAAAGGAUGUGGGAGAAAGAGGAGGUGGUUGCUGUCGAGAAGCGCAUGAUGUCCUUCAUUACUUCGUGCCGCGUCCCGGGGAAAAGCGACUGUGAUAAGUGCCUUCAACAGGAAAAAGUAGCACUCAAAAACAGAAAUUGGUUGGCCAUAAAGUUCUACAUUAAGAAUCGAAUCACAGCUCUCAAGAACAAAGUUUAAAGUGAUCAUUUAAUGUAUGUUUACACUGGUUAUGCUUGUUGUGUCACAACAUGUAAAUUAUGUUAGAUAGAGAUAGAUAGACUAUCAUUUGCUACACAACAUUUGGAGCCUGUUACUACCAGGUGUAAACAGAUAUAUACUGUUCAGUGUUUCUGUUUUUUGUUUUUGAUACUAAUGUUCUAAUGGAUGCAAUAGUUCUCUUACCUAAUCUCUAUUUGAAAAGAGAUGUUCUGAUCUUAUUUAUUUUAGUCUUAUUUCAUCUAAAGUCUUUGCCUUUUUAUCUUAUCUCCUCUAUUCUUAUUUGAGCACAUCUCUUUUAAUUUAAUCUUUUGUAUUGUCAUCUCAUCUUCUCUCUUCAAAUCUCUUAUUUUAUCUCAUCUCUUCUGUCAUAGUAUCUUCGUCAUCAUAUCUCAUAUUGUCACAAUCCAUCUCGACUUGUCUUAUGUCCCCCCCAUCUUAUGUCUUCUCAUUUCCCCUCAUCCUCUUUCAUCUGACACUUUACCUAAUCUAUCCUCACUUUGUUAUCUUAUCUGAUCUAAUCUCAUUAUCAUCUCUAAUCUCAUUUUAACAAAUCUUAUCUCCUCUCCACUCUAAUCAUAAUUUCUCUUUUUUUCAUCUCAGUUUAUUAUAUUUGAUCUCAUCUACUCAGUUUAUCUCAUAGUUUAGGUUAUUGCCUAUAUUCUUUUACUUCAUUUUCUCCAAUUUAACUAUUGUCUUCUCAUUGUAUCCCUUAUUAUCAAGUUAACCUGUAAUGGCUGUGUUCAACAAUUUAGUUUUCAGCAGUUAAGUAUUUGUACAAACACAAGGGCUGUAACUAUUAGGUUUAUAAUCAAAUAAUCUGCACAUAACGAUGUUCCAGAGUCCAAUGUGACCUAUUUAAUUUGCAAUUUCUUUGUCCAACCAAAAGCCCAAACCUAUAUGACAGUGAUAUAAGGGUCUGACAUUUAAAACUUUUGUUUUCGUUUAAUAGUUUUGUGAUACAGAAAUGUAAAAGAAAAACCUAUUUUGGUUAAUUUAACAGUCCAAUAAAAGUUUUGAACAGCAAAAUUA